CAGGCUUUCGUUGGUUUUGUAUAAGUGGCGAGGCGAGACGCUCGUAAAGAAACGGUGAAGAAAACCUCCCAAGGCCUUCUAUUUGGCUGUCUCUGCAACUUCAAAGCUUUGACAACCUGACCUUCAUGAAUUCAAAAAGUACUGUGGCAUCAACCGUUUCCUGUAAAUCGGGAAACAAGAACGACUUCUUCUUCUGGGUUUUGGUUUUCUUACUCCCAAGAUUCCUUGGAACCCCAAUAGUGUACGUGAAUUUCCAGUUGUUUAAGGCCAUUGUUAGAAGCCCUUCUUCAUCAGUUGGCAUCUUGGAGUCUCUUGGGGGGACCCGACUAUAGCACUGACUAAUCUAUUGCCGUAUUCUAUAUGCGCUAUUAAACAUUGGCACUAUGGUUUCCUCUCAAUUAUCUGAUUUCACUAAGACCCGCAUGUGCAAGCCCUUUCAUAACCGGUUGCUCCUUCCUGUGGGACCUCCUGAAGCUAUUCCUUCUGAUUAUGUUGAAUUUGAUUUUUCUGAUGUAUUUGGCCCUCCUGCUCCAGUUCAAGCAUCAAUUGAAGUGAAUUCCGAAAAUCCCUUGCCUUCUUCAGAUGCAAAUGAGUUAAUUUAUGAUGAUCCAGUUGUCAUUUACAGCCGAUCACAUUCUUUAGUCGGCCCUACAACUUGUGUUAGUCAAUCAUUGAAGCUGAGCAAACUCAUAUUACAUGACACUGAACACUCUCUAGAGCUUGUAGAGUGUGAUAGAGAGUCAAUGGGAGAAAUGCAGGAACCUUCUCUUGAUGAUGGUAGUAGUCCAAAGUCUUCAGAUCAUACUGACAAUAAUUGUAUGAAGAGCCAAAGUGUUGGAUUAGAAGAUUUUGAAGUUAUGAAGGUUGUUGGACAAGGUGCAUUUGCAAAAGUGUUUCAAGUAAGGAAGAGGGGUAGUUCAGAAAUAUAUGCAAUGAAAGUUAUGCGCAAGGAUAAGAUCAUGGAGAAGAAUCAUGCAGAAUACAUGAAAGCUGAGAGGGAUAUUUUAACAAAAAUAGAUCAUCCCUUCAUUGUGCAGCUCAAAUACUCAUUCCAGACCAAGUACAGAUUGUAUCUUGUGCUGGAUUUUGUAAAUGGGGGACACCUUUUUUUCCAGCUUUACCACCAUGGCCUUUUCAGGGAGGAUUUGGCACGCAUAUAUACUGCUGAGAUUGUUUCUGCUGUUUCUCACCUCCAUGCAAAUGGUAUAAUGCAUAGGGAUCUCAAACCAGAAAAUAUUCUUCUUGAUGCUGAUGGUCAUGUCAAGUUGACUGAUUUUGGCCUGGCAAAGCAAUUUGAGGAGAAUACGAGGUCAAACUCCAUGUGUGGAACAUUAGAAUAUAUGUCACCUGAAAUUAUUCUUGGGAAGGGUCAUGAUAAGUCUGCAGAUUGGUGGAGUGUGGGAAUUCUGUUGUUUGAAAUGCUAACUGGAAAGCCACCCUUUAUUGGCGGGAACCGGGAGAAGAUUCAGCAGAAGAUAAUAAAGGACAAGAUCAAGCUGCCUGCAUUUUUAUCAAGUGAAGCCCAUUCCCUGUUGAAAGGGCUCCUGCAAAAGGAUGCAAGCAAGCGCCUGGGCAGUGAGGAGAUAAAGCGCCACAAGUGGUUCAAGCCAAUCAACUGGAAGAAAUUGGAGGCACGGGAAAUACAGCCAAGCUUUCGUCCGCAAGUGGCCGGGAUACAUUGCAUUGCCAACUUUGAGGAGCGCUGGACCAGCAUGCCUCUGUUGGAUUCUCCUGCUGCCAGUCCAAAUACGGAGUGCCCCUUCAAGGGGUUUACUUACGUCAGGCCUGCGGCUCCUUUCCUCCAAGGGAAUAGCCCCUUCUACUAAUGUUCUAUCCCAGAUUCUUGUUUGUGGGAAUACGAGUGCCUUAAGAUAAGUUUGUUAUGUGUUUGCCAUAUGAACAAACUCUGGUGGCGUGUGUGUUAGUUACAACUUGACAUUUCUUUUGAUCUUUUUUCCUGUUCUGAGCCAGUGCAUUCUUGUGUUUGAAACAAUCAUUGUUUAUUGUCCCUUGGAUUGAUAAUUUAAUUUUUGGAGUCGUCUCUAAGUCUUAACUAAUAAA